AACAACCACUAAACACUCCAUCUAAUCCAACAGUAAACGAUAAAGUCCCGAUAGCAAUCGCAAUAUCUGCAUUUAUAUUAUUAUUCUUUGGCUCCCUUCUCUACAUUUACGUCAAAAGUCGUCAAAAAAUAGCACAACAAAAAUCACUCGCCUCUGCCAUUAUAGCUACCGAGGCCGCCACAACUCCGAGGUAUAGGAUGUCAACGCUGCAGAUUGAACCGAUGACAAAACGAUUGACAUUGGAUUUAAGUCAAAAGGGAAAAUGCAUAGUGAUGAAGGAUGAUAAUGAUGUCUAUGUAAAUCAUGUUUUCAAUGUGGUUUCGGUGAAUAACGAAAUUAUAUACGAAAUCAAUGGUCAUGAAGAAGAUGGUGUUUUACCAAAAAGAUCAAAAAAACAUUUUUGGAAAUAA